AUGGAACAGCAGUUAUUUAUUAAGCUUUCCCAGCCACCAGUCAUUAUCUGCCGGUCCUGCCGCCAUGGGGUGUGGCUAGCUGAGGUAGAAAGCCAUCUCCGGGGGAAGGCCCAUCGAUUACCCCAGGCCACUGCAAAGCAGAUCCAUCAGGACGUCCAGAGCUGGGAGGGUGUGGAGCAUGACCCCCAUGCUGUGCAAUGGCCUAGUCGGAUUACCCAGUCAAUCCCCCACCUGGAUGAAUACCCUGAUGGGUUACUGUGCCAGCGCGACCAGGCCAGAUGCCAAUUCAUCACUCGUUCACUUGACACGUUAAAACGACAUUGGCGUGAGCACCAUGGAUGGACCGCACCAUAUCAUGGAGGUCGAUCACGCCUGCAAGAGCAGGAACAGGCGCAGAUCACCAUCCAGCAGGGAUAUCAGGUGGUGACCUGCCAGCGGUUUUUCCCAUCCCGAAAAGGGUCCCAUUAUAUCUGGGUGCCAUGCCCCAACCAGCAGCCUGAGGAGCAAGCCCGGACCGCACCCACUGCCCACAUCCAGGCCACCGUUGAUGCCGUGAUCCAGGCAUGGGAGCAGGUCCAGGCCCAGGCCAAGGCCGAUCAGGCCAUCCAAGCCAGCCAGUUGACUGACGCGAACCCCUGGCUGCGGAUGACUCGGUGGGCUGACUACCUGCAGGGCAUCCAGGCACGUGACCUGCUUGCUAGCAUGGCAGCCCCGGAGGAAGACCCCAUGGAUGCCACUGAGCAGGGGGUGCAGGUGAUCUGGGAUACUAUGGAGCAGGUGGCCCGCAAGAGCCAGCGGACGGUCCAGCAUUGCGGCCAGGCCAUCCGGGUGGAAGCCGUCCGGUCUGAAAAGGGGCAGACCCCGCACCGGCCACUGCUGGCAUAUAUAGAUGAGGCCGUGAUCAAGAAGCAUGUGCAGCCAUGGCAGCAGAUAUUAGCAUUUAUUGCCCGGACCCAGGCCCCGCAUGACUGGGCCAGCCCCCGAUAUGGGAUGACCGCACGGCAGCGCCAGAAAUGGCGGCAGCUAUGGCAGCUCGCUAGCCAGGCCCCAGGCAGCCAGGGCAGCCAGGCCGCAGUGCCAGGGGACCUAGAGGCAUGGGCCAUGACUGCUAUAGAAAAAGCAUGCUUAGAAUUUUGCAUUGAGCUGCUCAACCAGCGCCAUCGCAGCCAUGAAUAUGAGAGUGCAUUAGUAUGCGCCAUGGCUGUGCUGGGCCAGGGUGAGGCCGGCUGGCGCGACCCCGAGAGCUACCCCCCGAUAUUAUCCCGCGUGAUCAAGGUGGCCCGAUUCAUGGUGGUGCAGAAGGCAUUAUGGAUGGACCCCAAUCCAUGGCAGAUCAUUCAGACCUGGGCGCGGAAGGACCAGAGCGCAGAAUGGGUGCUGGCCAGCGCGGAUGAUCAACUCGGGGAGAUUGAUGAGGGAUAUGGCAGCGAUGACCCCCCAUCCACCCCAGGGGCCCCAUCAUCGCCCCCGUCAUCCAUCCAUAGUGAUGACCCAUUGCCCGCGGUCCACAUUCGCCCGAGCUGCCGGCCAUUCCAGGAGCAGGUGACAUGGAUGAUGCACCAGUUUAUGAUCCGUGGGACCCACGGCCCCAUGGAGACAUUGUUGGACUGGCGCACAUAUGGAUUAAAGGUCCAUUAUAAUCAUACGGCCCCCGGCCAUGUGACAUGGAUGGGGGAGGACCAACUGUUAUACCAGCAGAUGGCAUUCACCAUGGGGGAUUUUCGGGGGUUCAUCCAUGGGUUAGUCACGGCGGCGCGGGAGAUACUAGGCCAGUUAUGCAUGCAGGACCAUGCGCAGAUGCCCCCCAUUCCAUGGACGGCAUUAUAUGACGAUCCCAGCCAGAGCCAGGCUGGGUGGAACUUUUUGCACGACGCACGGACCCAGUGGCCGGUGGAUGGGACCCACUGGAUGAUCGACCGGCUGCGGGCCGAGCCGGCCAUGCAGCGGCAUUUCCUGCGGGGGGGCCGAUUCCACCCUGGUGCCAUCCAGCAGUAUUGGCAGCGCGUGGCCCAGUUUAAGGAGAAAUUAGCCGUUAUGGUGCAUGUGACAGCAGGGCAGCCGGCCCGGGCCCCAGAGCUAUUAAGCAUUCAGCAUUGCAACACUGCGAAUAGUCAACAGCGGAAUAUAUAUAUUGAGGAUGGCAUGGUGACGUUUGUGACGGCAUAUCAUAAGGGGUUCCAUGCUAGUAAUGAUGUGAAGAUCAUCCAUCGAUAUGUGCCGCGGGAGGUCGGGGAGUUGGUGGUAUGGUAUAUCUGGCUGGUGAUGCCAUUUGUCGACCAGUUGGCUGCAUGGCAGGCCGCGCAGGUCCCGCAGGGGAGCCAGGCCGCGCAGGGUAACCAGACCGCGCAGGGAAGCCGGGCUACACAGGGAAGCCAGGCCGCGCAGGGUAGCCAGACUGCGCAGGGAAGCCAGACCGCGCAGGGAAGCCAGGCCACGCAGGGAAGCCGGGCUACACAGGGGAGCCAGACCGCGCAGGGGAGCCAGACCGCGCAGGGAAGCCAGGCCGCGCAGGGGAGCCAUGGAGCACAAGGCAGCCAGACCACGCAGGGGAGCCAGGCCGCGCAGGGAAGCCAGACCGCGCGGUGGAGCCAGGCCGCGCAGGGGAGCCAUGGAGCACAAGGCAGCCAGGCCGCACAGGGGAGCCAGGCCGCGCAGGGAAGCCGGGCCGCGCAGGGAAGCCAUGGAGCACAAGGCAGCCAGGCAUGGUUAUGGGGCCCUGACCCCAGUACCGGCCGCGAAUGGUCGUCCGAGCGGUUCCGGGAGGCGUUGAAACGGGAAACCCGCACCCAGCUAGGCACCGCCAUCCAUAUUGCCGCAUACCGGGACAUCGCCAUUGGAAUCAGCCGCCGAUUUUUGCGGCCAUCCACCGCGUUCCCACAUAAUAUCCAGGAGGCCGAGCCGGCCCCAGCAGCCAUGGAUGCCGAUGCGGAGGAGGGCAUGGAUAUUGAGCAGUGGAUGGGCCAUAUUGCUGAUUUACAGGCCGCCCAUUCAUCACACGUUGCUGGCAUGGUGUAUGGCCGGGGCAUCCAGGAACAGGCUGGCAGCACCGCCCACCGGCGGGAGAUGUUCCGGUUAUCCAGCACCGAUUGGCACCAGUUUUUAGGGUUUGGGGCCCCCACGCCAUCCAUACUAGGGAAGCGCAAGCGGGCCCCAUGGGAGGAUGAGGCGGAGAUCAGUUGGAUAGAACGCCGCCACCAGUUGGCCACCAUGGAUCUCGAGGCAGCCGCGCAGCGCAUGACCGGGCGGCCCGACAUGCAGUUCCGGGGGGUCCAGGACCCGGCCAUGCGGGCCAUCCAGCGGGGAGAGAGCCCCGUGGUCGCAGUGAUGCCCACUGGCGGGGGGAAGAGCAUGCUGUUCAUGGUGCCCGCGUUCGCCGCCCCUGGGGGCACCACCAUUGUUGUGGUGCCGCUGGUCGCAUUACGAGCUGAUAUGACCCGGCGAUGCCAGGAGCUCGGUAUAUCAUGCGUGCCAUGGGAGAGCCGGCGGCCCCCCGAUGCCGCAUCCAUCGUGUUGGUGACGCCUGAAUCCGCAGUCAGCCCCGAUUUCCAGACGUUUUUGAACCGGCUGCGGUGGACCCGGCGGUUAGACCGGAUCGUGAUCGACGAAUGCCAUGUGGUGUUGAACAACCAGCGUGAUUUCCGGCCCCAGAUGGCCCAGCUGGGCCGGUUAGUCCAGGCCCGCACCCAGAUGGUAUGGUUGACCGCCACGUUGCCCCCGAGCAUGGAGGUGGAAUUAUGCUGGCGGAUGAAGUAUGACCGGGCCGCCGUGACCAUAUACCGGGCCCGGACCAGCCGUCCGAAUGUGGCAUACCGGGUGUGGCGGCCCCCGAUCCCCGGGGUCGGCCGGGGGCCGUAUCAGUGGAUUGAGAGUGAGGCCGUGGUGGCAUUCAUUCAGGACCGUAUCCAACGGGCCGCCGGGGGCAAGGUGAUCAUAUAUGCGAAUAUCAUCGGGCAGGUGACGGCCAUGGCGCGGGUGCUGGGGUGUGAGGCAUAUUACAGUGAGCAGUUGGACAAGGCCGGGGUAUUGGCGCGGUUCAUGGGGGCCAGCCCUGUGAUCGCCGCCACCAGCGCAUUAGGCAUGGGGGUGGACAUCCCCAAUAUCCGCAGCAUCAUCCAUAUUGGGACCCCGCGGACGUUACUGGAUUACGCGCAGGAGAGUGGCCGGGCUGGGCGGGACGGACAGCGCAGUGAGGCGAUCAUUAUCCAGCCCGCUGGGUGGGACGCCCCAGCACCGUGGAUGGAGGGGGUGGCCCCCGAGGACCAGGAGCAGGUCGCCGAGUAUAUGGGGGUGGUGGAAGGCAUUGGGUGCCGCCCGGGUGGUGUUGGAUGA